CAUGCUCACGAUGCCGCAGGGGGUGUCGAGGAGCUUGGGACCAGUGUCAGGAACUAAGUGAAGACUGGGGUAGUUGCGCAAGUGGGUCGCUGCCCGCGUGUGCCGUGAUCCCAGACCUUGCAGGGAAAAAAAGGUACAUCCCGUAGUCAGAUCCGAUCAGCCCACCCUGCCUUCCUCUCUGGUCUUCGGUACUCUACUUUAUCGGCAGCCUCCCAGUGAAACUUGCGGGUAAGGGACUCCAUCAACCUCCCACGCACUCUACAAGCCGAUAUGUCACGAUAGAGCAACACGACCAAAGUUUGCGACAUCCACGUAUCUGAUCUUCACACGGUCGACAUGCUACUGUGUCGUAUCUCGUAACGCCCCCACUAGCGCGAAUCUUGCGAGACGACUACAUCUACGUCGACGACAUCUAGGCAGUAGGUACUGCGAUGCCACGGGCUAUCCUUGAGCCUCUCGAUGCCGACUCGGCCACUCUCGAUGCGAUCCCAAGCCAUAUCAUCCCCUGGCUCCGCGCCGUCGUCGUUCUCAGUUUCCUUUCUUUCUUCUCGGCGGUGACGCUGCUGUCUCUCCUUACAUACCGACUCAUUCGCUGGCAAAGGAAAGCCAAGCGCACAAACCAAUUCGUUAUUCUUAUCUUCAACCUGCUCAUAGCGGAUAUACAGCAAUCGCUUGCUUUCUUGCUCAAUGUCGAAUGGCUCCGCGUGGGCUCUGUAGUUGUUGGCACUCCAAUUUGUUAUACACAAGGAUGGCUAGUAUCAACAGGUGAUUUGUCGAGUGGCGUCUGGUGCUUCGCCAUCGGCCUGCACACGUUCGCUUCUGUAGUGUUCGACUACCGGUUGAGCAAGAGGGCCUUCUUCACCUGCAUUUUCGGGCUGUGGGCCUUUAUCUAUGGCAUAUCGCUCGUGGGCGUUGGCAUGUAUGGCAAGUCGCUGUACGUGCGGUCUGGCGUCUGGUGCUGGAUACACCACGACCUACAAGACCUCCGUUUAUGGCUCCAUUACUUCUGGAUCUUUGUUUUCGAAUUCGGCAACGUCUUCAUAUACGCCAUAAUCUACACCAUUCUCAUCAUCCGCAUCCGCACUGGCGCCUACACCGACGAGCAAGCCCGCCGCGUCAAGGAAAUCUCCCUCCUCAUGGUCGUCUACCCCAUCGUCUACGUCAUCUGCACCAUCCCCCUCGCCUCCGCCCGCAUGUCCGCCAUGGGCAAGCACCCGCCGUCCUACGCUCGCCUCUGUCUCGCAGCUUGCAUGAUCACAAGCAACGGCUGGCUCGACGUCCUGCUGUACACGCUGACCCGGCGCAUCAUGAUCUUCUCGGACGAGCCGCCCUCGGACGACAACGGCAUCGACAACUUUGUCGCCUUCUGGACCGAGAAGCCGCGCCGUUUCGGCGGCACGUGGGCCAUCUCCGGCGGUAGCACCGAGCAUCCCGCAGGCCCCCACCGCCGGAACCGCACGUUCGGUUCGCUCUCGCUGAGUCUGGACAAUGACAGCGAGAAUGACCUCGUUGGCGCGGGGAGCAGGGACAUCAAGCUCAUUACCACGACGCAGGUGUACAGCGAGCCCGCGGCGCCCGAAGACUACGAGGAGAUAGAGGAGAUGGCGCGGCAGAUGCGGCCGCGGACGCCGGUGCGGCGGUGGAGCGAGGAGAGCGGGCGGGUCAAGGAGAUCGAGCUUGCGCAUAUACCCAGCACGAAGAGUCUGCGCACACUGAGGAGUCUGCAGAGUAAGCGCAGCCAGUUGAGCGAGCAGAGUAAAGAUGAUUCGAUGAAGUAGGGUCUGGGUGUAUUUGUAUGAUGAUAUGUAUAUAUGGGGCACGGUAUCUGUUUUAGUCAACGGGCAUUGAGCGGCUCGUGGCAUUUGCAUGGUUAGAGUUCAACAUGGCGCACGUCGGGCUCGACGUUGUAUAUAGCACAGUCUAUAAUAAGUGUUUGCCAC